GCUCCAACCGCUCGGCAACCAUGGCCGCCACCGUCGCCUUCUUCUUCUUCGCUGCGAUCCUAGCAGCGGCAGCCGCCGGCGGUGGUGAUGCGGCGCUCGUCGAGCAUACGUUCAUCGUGAGCCAGGUUAGGCUAAAUCGCCUGUGCAAUGACACGCUGGUCACGGUGGUGAACGGGCAAUUACCAGGCCCAACGAUAGAGGUCAGGGAAGGGGACUCGGUGGUUGUUCAUGUCAUCAACAAGUCACCCCACGGACUAACAAUCCACUGGCAUGGAGUCAAGCUUCAACUGAAUUGCUGGGCGGAUGGAGCCGGGAUGAUAACCCAGUGUCCAAUCCGGCCAAACAACAACUUUACCUACCGAUUUGACAUCGUUGAGCAGGAGGGCACGCUGUGGUGGCAUGCUCAUGUCGCUAGCCUUCGGGCGACCAUCCAUGGCGCCUUAAUCAUCCGGCCAAGACCCGGGCCAAGUUCAUACCCGUUUCCCAAGCCUGAAAAGGAGAUCCCCAUUGUUAUAGGUGAAUGGUGGGAGAUGGACCUUGUUGAGUUAGACAUGAGGCUCAGGAACGGUAACCUCUUUGAUGUACCCCGUGCAGCUACCAUCAAUGGGCAGACUGGAGAUCUCUACAACUGCUCCGGGGCCAUCAAAGAGAGUAACAUUCUAAACGUCGAGCAUGGCAAGACAUAUUUGCUACGAAUAGUAAACGCUGCACUCAAUUCAGAGUACUACCUGAAGAUUGCCGGGCACAAGUUCACGGUGGUCGGCGCCGAUGCCAACUAUGUCAAGCCAUACACCACAGAUGUCAUCACUAUCGCACCAGGUGAGACAGUCGAUGCUCUGCUUGUCACUGACGCGCAUCCUGGUGGCAGGUACUACAUGAUCGCCAUGGCCUACCAGCCACCAAAGCCGGCGAAACAGUUCCCACUCUUCUUAUCUAGAGGGAUAGUGCAGUACUAUGACAACAAUGCUAGUCCACGCAAAGAAGAAGAAGCUUUACCCAAUACUCCAAUGGCACCUGAAAUGCCUGACCAGCACGACGCAGUACCAUCCUUCUAUUUUUAUGGCAACCUCACAAGCCUGCAACCUCACCCGUUGCCGACUAUUGUUGAUGAGCGCCUAUUCUAUGCCCUUGAUGCGGGUUACUUCUGUAGAGAAGGUGGAUCAUCGUGCCAGAAUGUUAGCAACAUUGUGGCCACGAUCAACAACGUCUCCUUCCAACUCCCUGAAACGACGCCAUUGCUCCAAGCACAUUACUACAACAAUAUGAAAAGUGGCAUAGGCACAUUGCCUGACGGGUCACCGAGGAUGUUCAACUACAGUAUGUCGCUUGCGCCGACUUCGAAGGCAACAUCAGUGAGGAAGCUAAGGUACAACACCACGGUGGAGAUCGUGUUCCAGAGCCCAGUGAUAGCGGACAGCUACUCCAACCCCAUGCACCUCCAUGGCCACGACUUCUUUGUUCUUGCACAAGGGUUCGGGAAAUUUGACGAGAAGAAAGACGUGAAGACGUACAACCUGGUGGAUCCUCCGGUGAGGAAUACUGUCCAUGUUCCAAUAUAUGGGUGGGCGGCCAUCCGAUUUGUCACAAAAAAUCCAGGUGUGUGGUAUCUGCACUGCCACUAUGGGCACCACUCGUCAACGGGCAUGGCAGUGGCACUUGUGGUGGAAAAUGGCCCCACAUUGGACACGACUCUUCCUCCACCUCCGGCAGAUUUUCCGAGCUGCGAUACUACAUUAGUAUGCUGGCAAAUGAAUAACGGAAAAUAAAUUGUUCUGCAUUGUGUGUUGCAUAUAGUUUACACGUCCAUGUAGCGUGCGUUCAUGCAUUGAGAUCUCCAUUUUUCACACAUUGUUGCACACCCUUAUUUUAAAUUCAUAGUAUGUUGCCACGAAACUCAUACUGGACUUUUGUUUGUACACGGACACGGGCCACUAGGUAGCAGAUUCGGACACUUUGACGAAGAGUUUGUCCUCUCGCCUGUAAUAAGGUUGUACUGCCGAUCUUUUCUGGUAACCUAGCUAAUGAAGUACUUCCUCCUUUCUA